UCUUAACCUCUCCCGAAAAAAGUGAGGAAUCGAGCGAGGGUUUAAUUAAAAUCCUAUUUGGGGAUUUCUUAUUUAUUUCACUUAAGUCAUCAAAAUGUCUGAUCUUCCGUAUGGACCGCCAGUCCGUGUAUCACCUUUGAUCAGGUUUGGUCGUUGGUCGUUACUCACAGUGGGCAUUGCCUAUGGAGCGUUCCAUCAGAAUAGACUGUCCAGAAAGGAAGCUAAGUUCCGUGAAAUUCAGGCCAAGGAGAAGGUUAUCAAAGAUGCUAAGUUGAAGGAGGAGAAGGCUAUUGCUGCUGCUGCUGAAAUCAAGGCCCUAGAAGAGAUGGUAAGCGGCCCCAAGAAGUAAACAAUUUAGCUGUUAAGAGAAUAAGAAGCACGGCCACCUCGGAUGUUGCCUGUGAUAAAAAUACAUCAUGUGUUUAAAUGGCAAUAUUAUUCCAUCUAAAAAUUUGUAAAAUAAAUAAUUGUUUUAUUUAAUAAAAAUCGUUUAGUAUGUAAAA